AUGGCGCUUCUGGACCUCCCGCCGGGCAAGGCGACCUCGCCGACGCUGCUCGGCAUGCCCAUGAAGCAAGUUUCGCUCAUCACGUUAACCUUCCAGAACUCCGCGCUCAUACUACUGAUGCACUACUCGCGAAUGAUGCCACCGAGUGGCGACCACCGAUACUUUACGUCGACGGCCGUGUUCUUGACCGAGGUCAUCAAGCUGGCGAUAUCUCUCACUUUUGCCAUCUACGAGGUUUCGAGGAGCCUGGCACCGUCCACGCCCGCGACAGUCUUGUUCGGGCAGAUUUACAAUGCAGUAUUCUCUGGGGAUGGCUGGAAGCUGGCCAUACCAGCAGCAUUAUACACACUGCAAAACACGCUGCAGUAUGUAGGAAUCUCAAACUUGGACCCGAUACAUUUCCAGAUCCUGUAUCAGCUCAAGAUUCUCACUACUGCACUGUUUACUGUCACAAUGUUGGGCCGAUCGCUCUCGCCGAAACGCUGGAUCUCGCUCCUGAUCCUCACCCUAGGCGUGUCGAUUGUUUCCAUUCCGUCCUCGAACGCCAAAGACGGCUCAUUUCUAAUUCAUGACAUGACCGACCAUUUCUUCCCCCGAUCGGUCCAUGAGUUGGGACAGAUGGCCAACGGGAUGGGCGAUGUGGCCAGGGAGCUCACCAAGCGCACCAUGGAUGGUCUGUCUGACGUAGGCGAGGCGCUGACAAAGCGCUCUGCGACCUACGAAGGAAUUGAAGAGGAUCAGAACCUUGCGCCCAUCAUGAACUAUUCCAUUGGUCUCACAGCCGUUCUGGUCGCAGCUGCAGUCUCCGGCCUCACGGGUGUGUAUUUCGAGAAGGUCUUGAAGGACCCUGCAUCAGCUGCUUCAGUAUGGAUUCGCAACAUCCAGCUGUCGUUCUAUUCUCUCUUUCCCGCCCUUUUCAUCGGCAUUUUCUUCAAGGACGGCCAGGAGAUUGCCAAGCAUGGCUUCUUCGAUGGCUAUAACUGGGUUGUCUGGACUUUGAUUUUGCUGCAGGCCUUUGGCGGCGUCCUGGCUUCGCUAUGCAUCAACUACGCCGACAACAUUGCCAAGAACUUUGCAACAAGCAUCAGCAUUAUCAUCAGUUUCCUGUUCAGCGUUUACUUCUUCAAUGUUCAGGUCUCAAUUCUCUUCCUGAUCGGCACCACGCUCGUCAUGGUCUCGACCUAUCUGUAUACUGGCCCAGAUAGGAAGCGCGGUCGCCCCCCUCCGAUCAACAUUGUCAGCUACGAGAAGACUACGAUUGACCCCAUGCACACGCCUAGAGGAUCGACCGACAGGCUCGCGGUGCCGAACCCGCUGGACUCGGCGCAGGGCUUGGGCUUGUCGACUUCGCGACCGGCAUCGCCGUUGCGACAUCAUAUUCGGCAACCAUCUACCCGAGACAAGAACCGGGAUGAGUGA